AUGAUGUCAACAGAAUCCCAAGCACAAAAUAAACAACAGCAGCCAACAACAUACGAUGAGCGUGUAUAUAAUGAACGUAUUCGUCAAUUAUUUGAUUCGAUUGAUUCAGCUUCAAUUUCUCAUUCACCAUUACCACCAAAUGAUGAUAUUGGACAAAUGACAUCGAUUGUUGAUGCUCUUUUUCCUGAACAAGCUUCACUCUAUCAACAACAAAAACAACGUGAUCAACGCCAUUCAUCAACAAAUGAUCUUACAACAGCUUUUGAGCGACUUCCAUUAUGGAGCACUAAUACCACUAAUAAUAUUACUAAUAACAAUAGUUCAGCAUCAGCAUUUUGUGGUGGUUCAACAAAUGGUUCAUCUGCAUUUGCUAAUCGACGUCAAGGAAAAUUACAUAGUUCAACACGUUCACUACGUAAUGCUAAUUAUCAACAACAACAACAACAACCACAACAUCACUAUCGACCACCACCACUUACUCGACCUCGUUUUACUUCAUCGAUGAUACGUUUACAAUCAGCUGCUGCAACAACGAUUCCUGCUGCUGCUACUACUCCUAAUAAUACAAAUGGUCUUCAACGAUCAUCAUCAACACUUUCAAAUAAUAAUAGUACAAAUAGUGCAACUGAUUAUCAACCUCGUUUUGCCAGUCGUCUUUCAAGUAGUCGAUUACCAACGGCUGCACCACCUGUUGGAUCUCAUGAUCAAAUUGUAGGCACUAGUACUACAAUAGAUCCAAUAGCUUCAUCAACUAAUCUUGGUGUUAUGGGUCAACCAACAUCAGCUGCUGCUGUACUUGCUCGCAGUACAUCAUCAACAAAUGCUCAACCGCAGCAAUUUGUUACUAUGACACAAACAACAACAACAACAUUUUGCUAUGUACCUGCUUCUGGUUCACUUGCUUAUAAUAAUGUAUCGGGUACAAAUCGAAGUACAACUGUGUCUCAUCAUUAA